CGCGUAAUUGGCAGCCGGCGACGGAAACUAAUUCAUAAUUAAUUAUAGACACAUUGGAGGCUAAUGAUGGUGCUGGCAGCCCUUGAAGUACUGUCGCAAGGACCCGCUGACUGGACUGCAGCGGUGUGACUUUGUCCAUUAAAGUAAUUGACAGAGAUUGCUCCACAAUGGUGGGCCAACCGUCUCUGCCCUGUCCCCGUUUCCGUCUCUGGGGACGGCCAGGGCAAGUGUUUGCUUUCCCAAGCAAACACUUGGGAGAUUGGAGGCCAUUUUCACAGCACUGGACGAACCAUGAGGCAGCUGCUGGUUCUGCUGAGGACGCUCCUCGUCCACGGAUUCGUGGCGCUGUUCACUCUGCUCACCCGCGCGCUCCAGGCAGCCCUCAAUCUCUGGCACUCGCUGGCCCUCUAAUCGUCUAAUGGUGAUUCAGUGGAAGGAGACGCCGAAAUGUGCCUGUCCACCCGCCCGAUAAGGACUGCCCGCCGUCGCCGCCGCCUACCUGCCGUCCGAUGUGUGACUUUUCCACUUAUCGGCAAAGCAAUCAAUACUACUUACCUUAUCGCCCUCGCACCUCGCACCAUGGCCGCGACCGCGGGCGGCAGAUGGCGGGGGACCGACGACGAUAAUCGCGGCGGAGGAAGGCGUCGCUUUAUCUGGAGCCAAGCUAAUGCCAAUUGUCAAUGGCUGCUCGUUCGGGUCGGAUCGUCAAUGGGUGUCGCCGCCCGACCCUGCUGCUGUUGCUGCUGCUGCUGGCGGUCUUCCUCCUCGGCAGCCUGCUGGCGCUGCACAAGCUAAACCACUCGCCGCUGAUCCACCAGUAUGACAUCCUGCAGGAGUACCUGGACAGCAAUCCCCAGAAGAGCUCGCGAACGCGCACCAUUCUGCUGUGGAGCAGCUUCUUCGGGGAUCCGCGCUGGGGCCUGCCCGCGGACACGCUGGGGCCGCAGGAGCUGCGCGAGGAUCUGCAGUGUCCCGUGUACCAGUGCGAGGUAACCAAUAGCCACGACUUUCUGCCAUCCCUGGAUCUGUACGACGCCAUUGUGUUCCACACGGCCGAGUCGUUCCCCUUUCUGCAGCCGCUGCCCGGGCGCCGCAGUCCGCACCAGGCGUAUGUGUUUGCCCUGAUGGAGUCGGCGGGCGAGACCAAGCACCGGCUGAGCGACGAGGGAGACUUCUACAACCUCACCAUGACCAAUCGCCUCGACUCGGAUGUGGUGUGGCCCUAUGGCCAGAUGCAGGACAUCGAAACGGGCGCCGUGGUGGCCCCCAGUGCCCAGCCACAUUGGCGCCAGCCGCCACCCAAUGGCGCCUCGAACGACACCCGUGCACUGAGGCUGUGGCAGGGCAAGACCAAAAUGGCUGCCUGGUUUGUGUCCCACUGUCAGACGCUGUCCCGCCGCGAGAACCUAACGGCGGCCCUGCAGCAGCAUAUCAAGGUGGAUGUGUACGGCAAGUGCGGGCCCCUCAGCUGUAAUCGCGGUGAUCCGCACUGCGAUGAGAUGCUGGACACGGACUACAUGUUCUAUCUGGCCUUUGAGAACUCGCUGUGCGAGGACUAUGUGACGGAGAAGCUCUUCGGGGUGCUGGAGCGCCACAUCAUACCCGUGGUGUUUGGCGGGGCUGACUACACGCGCUUCCUGCCACCGCAUUCCUACAUCGAUGCGAAUCGCUUCGACAGCGCCCGCGAGCUGGCGGAGCACAUGCUUUUCGUGGCCGGCGAUGGGGAGGAGUACACGAGCUACUUCUGGUGGCGCCAACACUACCGCCUGACCACCGUUUCCCCCUUCUGCGACCUGUGUGCCCGACUGCACUUGUCCGCCCAGCGGCAUAGGUCCCAGGUGUAUGGCGAUAUCCAGUCCUGGUGGUUCGACAGCUGCCGUUUCAAGGCAAACAUCCAGUUCUGAGGGAGGGCACAAGCGCAUGAGAAGGAAGAGGACGGCGCUAGGCGACUGGCGCACCCGUUAAAGCGAGAUAGAAGGCAAUGCGAAUGUUUGCAUACGAUAUGGGAAAACUUUUGCUGUGCAUUCUGCUUCACCUGACACGGCCGUGGCCACCAACCAGCCAUUUGUGAAGUGCCUCCCAAAACUAUUUGUGUGUCAACGCUGGAAACCCCACACGAGAGAUAAGAUAUGCUAGGAGGUGGCUACGACUACGAUUUGAAAUUAUCGCCGCCUAAUGCUGCACUUACUCAUCCACAAACACAACAACAACCACAACACACAACCCAUCCAAAAUCGUCCCAUUAUCGCCAUCGUGAGCCUCGAGGGGCGAUAAAAGAACCAACACACUCACUCACACAGACCUUUGUGUAAGUUUUAUUUAUUUCGUUUUGCUUUGUAGACCCUCUUGCCAUCAUUAUUUCAACCAACUUCUAGCCGCACCUCUUACCGCAUUAAUAUUUUCCUAAUUAGUUUAACUUAGUUAAUAAGCAAAAUCUGUCCAAAAAAUGAAAUCAAUUGUACUCAAUGCUUUUCAUGUGUUUGCCUGUUUGCGGUGGCCUCAAGCAGCUAUUCUCUGGUGUUUUUAACCAAGUUUAUAAUUAAUAUCCAUCAGGAGACAACAUACAUUGAAUGGUCUAAAAAUAGGGAACAUUAAUAGGAGUUUCCUUUGUGUAUUAUGCUAGUUUGUUUUAGAUAUAGGCUAGCGUUUUCCAUGCCACUAUUCGCUUGGGUCCCGUGUUCGGAUCCUAAAACCUUGCCAAGUUGAUUGUUUAGCUAAUGAUGGACUGCAACUAAAGCACUCAGAAGAUUCACCUCUCUAUUUGAUCCUCAUUUUACUUUAUGAAUUUAUUCUAGCAAGUUUUCGCUCAGAGUCUACUACUGAAAACAUUGUUU